GUCCUCCCACUGAGAGAGGAUCUGUGCCGCGAUCGAGCGCUCAUGGCAGCUAAUGAUUAUCGCGAGUACCUGCGGAAUCAUAUCGACAUGGAAGAGGCUCCGGCGCGCGCUCCGCACACGGGCUCCACGCACAGAGCGCUCAUAUUCGGCACGCUCGCUGUCAUGGGACUGCUGCAGGUCGCGUCGAGUGUGGCGAUUUUGUUGCACUUAACCGGUUAUCUGCGAGAGGUCGACCUUGCCUCAGCCCAGCAGAGUCCUAAUGAGGAAAUGCACAGUGAAACCUUAAUAGCCGAUCCAAUCAAAAGUUGCAAGGAGAAGAAGGAAAGAUUUCGGCAAAAAAAGGACACACGCAUGCCGUCAGCUCACCUUCCGAUCAAGACGCCGACUAACUUUGCAGCCAAAGAUCGAAAUGAAUUAACCAUAAUCACCUGGGAUGAUUUUCAAGGGCUGAAUUUGAAGAAGAUGAAAUACCAUGACGGACGAAUUCUAGUGGAGGAAGCUGGCUACUACUAUGUAUAUGCCAAGACCUGCUUUCGAUACGCUGAAGAACACGACUCGGGCAAAGAGGACGUCAGCAAUGUACAGUUGUUUCAAUACAUUUAUCACGAGAAGCACACGCAGUCGGUAAUUACACCUAUUCUUCUUACAAAAAGCGGCGGCACGCUGCAGUGGAACAUCGCCACGUACAACAUGUACUGCGUGGAGCAGGGCCGAGGCAUCCAGUUGAAUAAGGGCGAUGGUAUUUUUGUCCGCGUAUCCAAUGCAUGGCUGCUGGACCCAGCAGCUGAAGGCACGUAUUUUGGUACUUUUAAGAUAAGCGAUUGAUUUGCAUCAUUUUUGCUACUGAACAUAUUUAUGCACAUUUUGCAUUUUUUUUAAGUGAUCAUGAACCACUGAGCACUUGUUUUUGAUCACUGACUUUUGAAUUUUUGUUCAGUAUAGAUUACUUUUAAGAGCACAUUAUAAGUUUGAACACUUCGCAAUUGUGCCAUUGAAGCUCUUAAGUACCAGCACUAGAAGACCAAGAAUGGACUCAGGCCUCUGUCCGUGUUUUUUAUUGUUAAGUACCGAUACUGGAAAUCAGAGGCGCCACAAAGGGGUGAAGGUUAGGAUGAUUCCAAGGGCCCUGACCAGAGAGGGUCCCGACGCAAUCCCUGGGACGCGAUUGCAAUUUCAACGAGGGCUGAGGCAAAAACUGUCCAAGGGGUCCAGAAACACUAGCGGCGCCCCUGCUGGUACCCAUACUCUCAAAAUGCUCCAAUACUAACAACCGUGCAGUGAAUCACAGCGGUGGAGAGAUGCUGGACAGUCCUAGUAAAGAACGCAGUAGACUGUGGCGACCUCCACAACAGAGGAAAAACUUGUGAACUAAGUGCUCAAAUUUACGUCGAAACAUACUGAAUAUGAACUUCUGGUUCAUUAAAGUAUUGUAUAAUUUGCAGCCUUAGUCGUAGUGACGUAUUGUUAUCAGUUAGUUCCAGAAAGUAGCUGUGCAUCCCUAGUUUUAAGAACUUCAUCAUUACAUCUCAUCGACUGGAUCGGGAUAUAAAACAAAACAGAACAAAUACCAUGAAAUGUUUCAAUCUAACAAGUAUGAUUAAUUGAACUUUGGAAAUUUGAUCAUGCAGAAUCUGUCAAGGACAACUGAAUUAUGCCCAACAGGUGGAUAGACACUUCCUGUCACCCCUCUUAUCAAGAAUAGGAUGUUUUACUGAUUGAUGAAUUUCACUGUUGGACAUUUAGAGCUGCCCUUUGUUUUGUUUUGUUUUUAAUGGUGUUGACAUUUAAAUUUCUUGAACAAAACGUAUACAAACAUUCAAUAAAAAUCAAGGCAGCUGGACUGUCUUUGACUCGGUGUGAGAAGCGAUGUGCAGAACCAAACUGAGUUUGGUACGCUCUAAUUUAAUUUUUUUUAAUGCACUAAAGUGUAUUUAUUUAUUUUCUAUGAUGAUAGAAUGUUUGUCAGAUGUUCUGUCUGUACAGUGUAUAUAAUUGUAUAAUUGCCUUUAUUCCAUUCCUUCAAGAGGUUUUGGAUGAAGGGCAUUGACUUUAGGUCAGUUAUACAUGCGCUUUUGUCCCAGGCACAGGGCUCCUGUUUAAAGCAGAAAUUGAUUAGUUUCUCACUAAGAAACUUUGUAUUUAAGUAAAAUUCAUUUGACAAUUCUGUGUGCAAAUGUUUGUGGACAGCAGAAUAUAUUGUUCCCAACCCAAAGCAAGCCUAAAAAGGUUUGCAGCCUUAGU